AUGCAGGUUAAAAGCCCAUGGCCGAAUGUUGAUGCUCAUGGUGUGGUGUUGCUGAACUACUAUGGUUUAACUGAAGCUAGGUACUACACAGUACUAUUCGGUGUAUCAAGGAGUAUCGGCAUUUGUUCUCAGCUGAUAUGGGAGCGAGCUCUUGGAUUGCCACUAGAGAGGCCGAAAACUGUUACAAUGGGCUGGCUUGAGAAUCACUGCAAGAAAGCAGCUUCAUCCUGA